AUGGAGUCCCCGCCGGUAUCCGCGAGCACUUUGUGCCUGCUCUUCUGCCUGAGCUCCGUGUUCGGCAUUGGCGUGGACCCGUCGGUGCAGAUUGAUGUGUUGAGCGAGUUGCAGUUGGGGGAUUCUGUGGCUGGAGUGCGGCAAGUUCAGGGACUGCACAACGGCAGCAAAGCUUUCUUCUUCCAAGAAUUGCAGCAGAGACUGUUUGCCAGGGAAAACGUCUCCUUCCAAGAUGCUCUGCGAGAGGUUUCGGCCGAAGAAGCUGCUGGCGGGGCGGUCAAAAACAUGAGGCCUAAGCGAAAUGUUCCAGAGACCGCCACUAUUCACAAGGAAGAUGUGCGCGAGGAUUCAGACGAAGAUCCUGAAGAAGAGGCUGAUAUGGCUAAAAGUUUCAUGGCUAAAGGUUUAACUAUGAUAAGAAUAUAUGAGAGAGUGGUGGAAAAGCCAUAUAUGAAUUUACCAGUUGGCACUACAUUUUGGUUGGGACAGAGGAAUAGCGCUCAUGGUUUUUUCAAGGGCAUAAUGCAAGAUGUGCAAUUUCUUAUCAUGCCUCAAGGAUUUAUCUCUCAGUGCCCAGAUCUUAAUCGCACAUGCCCAACGUGUAAUGACUUCCAUGGUCUUGUGCAGAAAAUAAUGGAGUUGCAGGAUAUUUUAGCCAAAACAUCUGCAAAGCUGUCCCGAGCUGAGCAGAGGAUGGAUAAGUUGGAUCAGUGCUAUUGUGAAAGAACCUGCACUAUGAAGGGUAUCAGCUAUAGAGAAUUUGAAUCUUGGACAGAUGGCUGUAAGAACUGCACUUGCAUGAAUGGUACUAUCCAAUGUGAAACAUUGAUUUGCCCACUUUUUGAUUGUCCUCAUAAUUCUGCGCCUGCGUAUGUUGAUGGCAAGUGCUGCAAGGAAUGUCAACAAAUCUGUGUAUUUGAAGGCAAAACCUAUUUUGAAGGAGAAAGAAAAUCGGUAUAUUUAGACUCAGAGGUCUGUUUUCUGUUUGAAUGCAAGAAUUACAAAAUGCAACGUACAAUGGAGUUGAAUUGUCCUGCUUUGAACUGUCCUGAGUCUCAACAAAUAUCCUUAUCUAAAAGUUGUUGCAAAGUUUGUAAAGAAAUGUUGAAGAAAAGGCAGUUUGUAGCUGCCGAGAUGGUUUCCGAGCUCUUCGAGAUGACAGUGUAUACUGUGAAGUCAGCACCCUUAACAUGUCCAGAAGAGUACGAUUAA